GUGGACUUUAACUGAAUUUUUUUGGGGGGGAAAUAAUUUUGUUUUGUUGAGGGCAGACCCUACGCGAGAUCAGAGCCUAUAUUAAAGGAGUUGUACGUAAAGUCAGUGGCAAUGGGGGAGCAGCCGAUCUUCACCACCAGGGCCCAUGUCUUCCAGAUUGACCCAACCACCAAAAAGAACUGGGUUCCUGCCAGCAAGCAGGCUGUCACGGUCUCCUAUUUUUAUGAUAGCACACGCAACAGCUACCGUAUCAUCAGCGUGGAUGGAUCCAAGGUGAUCAUAAACAGCACCAUCACGCCAAACAUGACCUUCACCAAGACUUCACAGAAAUUCGGCCAAUGGGCAGACAGCAGGGCCAACACUGUCUUUGGCCUGGGCUUCGCCUCAGAGCAGCAACUCGCCAAGUUUGCUGAAAAAUUCCAGGAGGUGAAAGAGGCAGCCAAGCUAGCGAGGGACAAGUCUCAAGAGAAAAUUGAGACAUCCAGUAACCACUCCCAGGAGUCUGGUCGUGACACACCCUCAACCAACCAGGCAUCCAGCAUCAACGGAACAGAUGAUGAGAAAAUCUCCCACGGGGGUCCUGACGCCGACCUGCUGAAGAGCGAGAAUGACCGCCUCAAGACUGCUGUGGAGCAAAGCAACACUAAUGCCAAGAAGUGGGAGACUGAGCUUCAGACUUUAAGGGAGAAUAAUGCUAGGCUGGUGGACGCACUGCAGGAGUCCUCGGCUAAUGUUGAGAGCUGGAAGAAGCAACUUAGCGUCUGCAAGGAGGAGAGUGACACGCUCAGGGAAAAGAUUGCAGAGCUGGAAGCACAAUGUAAUGAAGCCAAUCAGGAGAAAGAGAGAAAUGCUCAAUUAACUGUACGAGUGCAGGAGCUGGAGACUGAACUACAGGAGAAAGAGCAAGAGCUGGAGAACUUGAGGAAGCAGGCAGAGAUCAUCCCUCAGCUCAUGGCCGAGUGUGAGACCAUCACUGAAAAACUAAAGGCUGCAGAGACAAAGAACAAGGACUUGGAGGGAAGGAUAGAGAUUCUUCAGACUGACAUAGAGGAAAAUCAGCAAAAGCAGGGCAACAUGAAGGGAGAGCUGAAGAAGUUCAUGGAUAUUCUGGACGGAAAGAUAGACGAGCUGCACGAGUUCAGGCAGGGGCUAUCCAAGCUAGGUGUGGACAACUGAGACGGUGACAAACUGAGAGCUGAAAGGGUCAGAAGUCAGAUAUGAAAGAUUUUGUUUUCCCACUGUAUGUCUUCAGGGUAGUGCCAAGUGGCACCCACUUCCCCAGGUGGUGUUCACUCAAACAAUCACAAACCAUCACGUUGGGAAGAGGGGAAGAGACAGACACUUAUUUAAGUCCAGAAUGCUCCACCAAAUGGCUCAG